AUGAAAUUCUCAAUCACAGCUUUAGCUUUUGUUGCUACUUCAGUUUUAGCAGGUAAAGGACCAAAAGAUCAUGAAAAAGCUCCAAUUGUUACUGUUUAUGCUACUGAAACUACUCAUAAAUAUGGUAGAUUCAAUAAAACUCCACAUCCAACCACUACUACUGUUGUUAUUUCACCAUCAGAAUAUUCAGAAUUAGCUGGUAAAUCAGCUUCAUCAAUUUUAGUUAAAAGAGAUGAUGUUGAUCUUUAUAAAAGAGCUAAUGGUACUGCUGCUGGUGGUGCUUCUAAUGGUACUGCUGCUGGUGGUGCUUCUAAUGGUACUGCUGCAGGUGGUGCAGGUGGUAAAAACUCUACUGGUGGUGGUUCAUCAGCUAAUGCUGGUAAUGUUGCUUCAGGUGCUACUUUUGCUGUUGCAGGUGCUGUUGCUGCUGGUGUUGCUUUAUUAAUCUAA